CGGACAGAUCCUCUUAAAUAAGGCCUUAUUUGACAUUUUUUUUGUUUAAUACAUGGCCUUAUUUGCCUCUUUUCUCAUGAAGAUGAAAGGUUUGGGCCGCCCCAGGCGACAUCUUCAACCAUUGAAUCUCUACACUCUACAGAGAGUGAUGAUCACUCCAGCUCAUUUGACCAGCGACUCGACCUGCACCAUCUGCAAGGACGAGUUUGAGGUUGGUGAUGAAGUGAGGGAGUUGCCUUGCAAGCAUUUCUACCAUUCUCUCUGCAUUCUCCCCUGGCUUCGAAUCCACAACACCUGUCUUGUUUGUCGAUGUGUUCUGCAGAGCUCCCCAGCCCAUAUUGACAAAGAAGAUAGUCAUCCUUCUAUUACAAAUCCUUUACACCGCGAAGCGGAAGAAGAUUGCGAAGAUGCUGCUGAGGAGUGAGGAGUGAGGACCUUAUUAACUCUAUUGUUCGGUUUUGGAAUUGGAUUUGGUCUUUGUUAAAGUCUCACGUCCGAUAUUUUUGAAACGAUUAAACACUAUAUUAA